AUGGAAGAAUCAGAUAGAGGGGCACCCCCGUCUUCCAACGGUGCAGCCACCCCCGACAUGGAGCGGCUCCUGGUGAGGUACAAAAAUCUGGGGACUAAAGACAAAGUCAAGCUAAUCACCACUCACUUACGCAAUGUGAAAGAUGCAGACGUGAGUUUGAUAUACAAUUUCGCGAGAGAGAGGCAGCCCAUGAGGGGAGUCAUCCAAAAGGAACAAGACAAACAGGAAGAGCGGCACGAGCAGCACGAACGGGAAAGGAAAAGAAAGUUAAAAAUAGUUAAGUUGCAGAAGCCACCAUUCAUGCAACAAAGAAGUGGUAAACAAACCUCGCGAAAUAAUCUGUCCUUCAAAAAUGACUACAACAGUGACGAAUACGUGGACUGCUUGGAGAAGGAGCAGCAGCUGAAGGGGGCAGAGCAGUACACACUGAUUGAGGACCUGUACAAGGCAUACAUUUACAGCAGAGCUUUCGCGGCUUUGUCUAACCAGUACAGGACGAGACAUACCAUAUCGAAUGACUUCCUCCACGUGAUGAUUCGCGCGAUGAAGAGUUCCAUCCUCGAGAGAGUAAAUCCCACGCUGGUGAACGAGUUUGCUCAUUUCACCAAUCCGUAUAUGCUCAUGAAACAUGCCUUAGAAAAUUUUAUCCUCCAUCGACAUGUAAAGAACCCGUAUGAGGAGUCGCUCAUUUGUGAGCAUCUCAAGAGGAAGACUCAUAUGAACGUUUUAAAGUUAGACAGCGCUGAGGUGCCCGUGGAGGUCUAUGAACCUCUGGCUUCCUUUCGUGGGGACAUAAAUUACAACUACGAUGUGCGGGAGAAGUUCGCCAAUAUCAUUCGCACGCAGCUAGACAUCCUUGGCGUGGUUACAGGGGGAGCCACUGACACGAUGAGCAACUUUGGGGGUGAUGACGCUACACGUAGCGAGUCCAAUUCCGACCAACUGAACGACGUGCUACGAAUCCUGCCUGAGAACGCGCGUGCGCCAUUCCAAAAUUACCCCUUCGAUAACCUCAAGGCGUUGAAGACGAAAAUGAGAAAAAAGUACAUGGGGGGAAUCAAAAACAGCAAGCCGAUCAACGUGGAAGACGAAGAGCUCAGCCAUAUGCGGUAUCCAAACCUACAGUCCGUUGCGCAUUCCUUGCCAGCGGAUCCUAAAUAUAGAGCCAACGUCAUACACGCAAUUAAGGUUUUGGAGCGAUCCAAGCAUUGGGAUCACGCCAGUAAAAUUAAAGCUAUAAACACCCUAGUCGACGUCUGGAAUGAUAUGCAUUCCAGUGAUCACUAUGAGAAUUUGAUGGAUAAGUGCCUCCCCGUUAUUUACACGAAAGACAUGCUGCGCAAAACGAAGACUCGCCAGGAGACAUACAACCGAGGGCUCGUCUACUUGCAGUCCCUCACCACGCAGAAGCCGCUGGGCGCGCGCCAGAGAAAGGGGUAA